CUCCUUCAGGCUCCACCCUCCAGCCCCGCCCCGCGGCGCAUUGUGGGAUCUGCCUGCCUGCGAGCUGGAGGACGCAGGGCUCGGUCAUGGGGAUCCAGCCGAGCCCAGUCCUGCUGGCCUCCCUGGGGGUGGGGGUGCUUACUCUGCUCGGCCUGGCUGUGGGCUCCUACUUGGUCCGGAAGUACCGCCGGCCACGGAUCACUCUCCUGGACCCCGAUGAAAAGUACCUGCUGCGACUGCUAGACAAGACGACUGUGAGCCACAACACCAAGAGAUUCCGCUUUGCCCUGCCCACCGCCCAGCACAUUCUGGGGCUGCCUGUGGGCAAACAUGUCUACCUUUCUGCCCGAAUUGAUGGCAGCCUGGUCAUCAGGCCAUACACUCCCGUCACCAGUGAUGAGGACCGAGGCUACGUGGAUCUUGUCAUCAAGGUUUACCUGAAGGGUGUGCACCCCAAAUUUCCCGAGGGAGGGAAGAUGUCUCAGUACCUGAAUAGCCUGAAGAUAGGGGACGUGGUAGAGUUUCGGGGGCCAAGUGGAUUGCUCACUUACACUGGGAAAGGAAAUUUUAACAUUCAGCCCAACAAGAAAUCUCCCCCAGAACCCCGAAUGGCGAAGAAACUGGGAAUGAUUGCUGGAGGAACAGGAAUCACCCCAAUGCUACAGCUGAUCCGGGCUAUCCUGAAAGUUCCUGAAGAUACAACCCAGUGCUUCCUGCUUUUUGCCAACCAGACUGAAAAGGACAUCAUCUUGCGGGAGGACUUGGAGGAACUACAGGCCCAGUAUCCCAAUCGUUUUAAGCUCUGGUUCACUCUGGAUCAUCCCCCAGAAGGUUGGGCCUACAGCAAGGGCUUUGUGACUGCCGACAUGAUCCGGGAGCACCUGCCUGCCCCAGGGGAUGAUGUGUUGCUGCUGCUCUGUGGGCCACCCCCAAUGGUGCAGCUGGCCUGUCAUCCCAACUUGGACAAACUGGGCUACUCACAAAAAAUGCGUUUCACCUACUGAGCAGCUCCUAGCUGCCCUGGUCCUGUCGCCUGCAAUUGGCCUCAGUUACUCCUCAAAGACUGUCAGCCCUAGAUUUCUUUCCUGAGAGUAUCAGCCUUUUGUGUCUUACUCUGGGCUUAAACUCUAGAUGGUACCUGUAGGAACACUUCUGGAACCACGAAAGAGGGCCAAGGCUGAAUCAUUUUCUAGAGGCCUCCUAGAUCUCUUUGUGCUAAAAGAAAAGCUCCAUGGGGUCAGAAAGAAGGAGUAUGUGCAUUUGUUCCAAGACUGGUUAAUUCCUUAACUUUCUCUGUGUCUGUGAUGAAAGGGACAGUCUAUACAGUGACUUUUACUUAACAAUGUUUCAUCCAUGGCAAAUUCUGUAUAUGUGAGUGCAGUUGGGAGGACUUAUAGAGGUAGUAUUAUAGAAAUGGCAGGUGAGGAGGAAAUGGUUUCUUCAGCCCUUCAGGCCUCAGAGAAAGGAGUCUGAAAUAUGCAUUCAUGUAUUUGUCUCUUUUGGCCCCUGUCCAGGCUAGAGGAAAAUGGCUACCAUGACCUAAAACUGUUGCUUCUGGCAGAAACCUCCGGUUAUGCAAAUAAAUGGGGCUGAGGCCCGUAUGUGCUGUAA